CUCUUUGCCCUGCUGCCCUGCAACUCCUCGACGGUCGCCGCGGGGCCGGGACGCUCCUCCCUCCUCCCCACCCGGGCUAGGGCGGCGGCAGUGGGGGCGGCAGAGACCAUCACGGGAGGAGGCAGCUGCGGCGGGGCCGGCCCAAACACGCAGCGGAUUGCCAUCUAUCCCCUUUAGUGCCAUGGUCAUGAUUCCUCCUUUUAAGGGGUGACAAACAAACCAUUCUUCAGUAUGAAAUGUUAGAAGUUAUCCCCAAGAGACACAGUGUCCCCUUGUCCUGCAGUUUUCAGUUCAAGAACCUAAUGCACCUGGCUAGCUGGUGGUGAGCAGGGGCAUUGGGGCCAACGUGCUGGGAUCCCCAAGGAAACCCCUUUGAAACCAAUGGAUGCAUUCACGAGCUCCGGUCUCAAGAGGAAGUUUGAUGAUGUGGAUGUGGGCUCAUCAGUCUCCAACUCUGAUGAUGAGAUCUCCAGCAGUGACAGUGCUGACAGUUGUGACAGCCUCAACCCUCCUACAACCGCCAGCUUCACGCCCACAUCCAUCUUGAAACGGCAGAAGCAACUGCGGAGGAAGAAUGUACGUUUUGACCAAGUGACGGUUUACUACUUUGCUCGACGCCAGGGUUUCACCAGUGUGCCCAGCCAGGGUGGGAGUUCUCUGGGCAUGGCCCAGCGCCAUAACUCUGUACGAAGUUACACACUCUGUGAGUUUGCUCAAGAGCAGGAGGUGAACCAUCGGGAAAUUCUUCGUGAGCAUCUGAAGGAGGAGAAACUCCAUGCCAAGAAGAUGAAGCUGACCAAAAAUGGGACUGUGGAGUCUGUGGAGGCCGACGGCCUUACGCUGGAUGAUGUUUCAGAUGAAGAUAUUGAUGUGGAAAAUGUGGAGGUGGAUGAUUACUUUUUCCUGCAACCUCUGCCCACAAAACGGCGUCGAGCCCUGUUGAGGGCUUCUGGGGUCCACCGCAUCGAUGCGGAAGAGAAGCAGGAGCUCCGAGCCAUCCGCCUGUCACGGGAAGAGUGUGGUUGUGACUGUCGACUAUAUUGUGACCCAGAAGCCUGUGCCUGCAGCCAGGCUGGGAUUAAAUGCCAGGUGGAUCGCAUGUCUUUUCCAUGUGGCUGCUCCCGGGAUGGCUGUGGAAACAUGGCUGGACGCAUUGAAUUCAAUCCAAUCCGGGUCCGGACUCAUUACCUCCACACCAUCAUGAAGCUGGAGCUGGAGAGCAAGCGGCAGGUGAACCGUCCCCCAGUCCCAGAUGAGGAGCCCUCACCCACAGCCAGUGGCAGCCUGACUGGAGGAGCACAGGGCUCUGAGACACAGGACUUCCAGGAGUUCAUUGCUGAGAAUGAGACAGCAGUGAUGCAUCUACAGAGUGCAGAGGAACUGGAACGGCUCAAGGCAGAGGAAGACUCCAGCGGCUCCAGUGCCAGCCUCGACUCCAGCAUUGAGAGUCUGGGCGUGUGCAUCCUGGAGGAGCCCCUCGCGGUUCCUGAAGAGCUGUGCCCGGGCCUCACAGCUCCCAUUCUCAUCCAGGCUCAGCUGCCCCCAGGUUCCUCUGUCUUAUGUUUUGCUGAAAACUCAGACCACCCAACUGCUUCAACAGUGAACAACCCAUCCUACUUGAACAGCGGACCCCUGGUGUAUUACCAAGUGGAGCAGAGGCCAGUCUUGGGGGUGAAAGGAGAGCCUAGCACAGAAGAAGUCCCACCCUCUUUCCCUAAGGAGAAGGAUCUCAGUGUCUUCUCUCUCCCAGUUACCUCACUGGUGGCUUGUAGCCCCACAGACUCAGCUGCCCCCUGUAAAUCAGAAGUGGGGAAAUCAGCCACUUUAGAAGCACUAGUACCCGAAGAUUGUAACCCCGAAGAACCUGAGAAUGAGGACUUCCGCCCCUCUUGGCCCCCCUCAAACGUUCCCUUCCGUGCGGACAAUGAAGAGGGUUGUGUGGUGGAUAAACCCUCACAGGACCAGCCCCCUGAAGAUUCUUCCCUAGAACUCCCUCUGGCAGUGUGACACGGGGCUGCUGAUCCUGCCUUUUACCCAUCUCUAUUUAUUCCCUUGUUUUAUCUAAUACCAUUUCAAAACAAAACUGUAGAAGUACCGGCUGCUCCCAUCUUAUUUUAUUGGGGUCUGUAGGGAAUGGGUGGGACAGGAUUGUUUGUACAAGUAUUUUUAAAAAGAGAAACAGAACCAAGGAGACCAGCUCCAUCUUGAUCUGAGGAUAAAAACCUGGGGUACAAGAGGCUACAUAGUGUGGAGUAUUGAGCCACUGGAACAAAGAACUAGAUCUCACAGGAGAAGCUGGGUAAUCCAAGCAGCUAUUCUUUAUGUAGGGACCAGGUUACUGAACAGUAUGGCAGAGCCCCUUCUCUCCUCAUCACCUGGUGAGCUGUAAAUCCAUUUUCUUAGCAGUUACUCUGAUGUCCCAUUUUGAUGUAUCACAGUAAUAAAUUGGAACUAUCACCUGCUCGGCCCGAGGAAGGAGAGAGUAGAAUGGUCUCUAUCUAUACAGCAACCCCAGGGUUUAAAUUUUUUUAACCUGCCUUCCCCUAAUCCUCUUGGUAAAUAAGUUAAUAUUUGACAUGUUUGGUGUUUUCUGACCUGUUCCCCACACUGGGGAAUGCCUGGUCUAUAACUUGAAUUGUUUCUUUCACCUGUUCUUAGGUACUAUAGUUAAAUGUGUCUAUAUAUCUUUUUCUUUUUUUUAAUUUUCUUUUUUCCUCUGAAGGAGCUAGAUUGACUGAGGGUGUGAUAUAAAGAGCCUGGCUCUUCUAGAUGUGUCCAACAGUAGCUGUUAGGCAGUUCAAAGCUGAGGUUCACACCCCCCGAGGGAGGCAUAUAUGAAGCACUGUGGCCAAAGGAGACAGCAGGAACAGGCUGCUGUCUAGAAAGCUGCAUUAUUUGUGCCAUGCUUGCUCACCUCGUUUGGUAUUUUUCCCUUCUUUGGGAGAUUGGAGCUUUAAUGAAAUGUAGGAUGUGGCAAUUUGUGGCCACCAACUACUUUUUGUCUUUAUUCUACUUUUUUCUGUGUCUACCCUCAUGGUGGGUAUAUAGGAGUUGAGUUUUUAUACAACUCCAGUUCACCCCCAAUAACUGCAGAUGCUCAUUGGGCCAUCUUGGUGACACACAGAAACUAGAAGGUCACCAAUACUUAAAUACACUUCCCAGGUUACAAAGAUUUCAAAUUCUGACUGUAACCUUUGAGGUUCAUAAAGUGAAACUCAAAUUCAGUUCUUCUACCAGGGAAGGUACAGUUCCUGUUCCUCUUAUAUCUAACUUACAUUCAAGGAUCUGUUCCAACUUACACCACUCUAGUCUAUUUUUAAGCAAAUUUUCUUUCUGAUUUGAAAUGGAGGCAGUAAGGAGCAAAACACUGUUCUGUAGCUUCCUUUACACAGUACUUCACCUGGCACUGUUGAUUAGCAGGAAAUAAAAUGAAGACGUGAGAGUGAAGAGCUCACUGCUCCUAUCUGUUCUCAUUAAGCCUUUGGGGACGAGUAUACUAAGGCCUUGGUGUCUUUGUGCAUGGCACAGCAGGGUUUCACCACCAGAAUACCUAAACGGAGCCUGAAAGGCCUUUUAACCCAUCUGCCUCUCUGCUUUUGCUUUGUUUUACAUUUGUAGGGGACUUCUUAUUGAGCAUAUAUGGCCUGAUUGUUCCCCUGCAGCCUUAUAAAACAGUUGAGUCUUUAGUACCUGUCCUGAACUGGUCUGCAGUUCAGUUCCCUAUCAUAGACUGGUACCCUCAAACACAAGAUAGAAGCUUAAAUGGGAAUUUGACUAUAUGGAGAAAUGAAUCUGAGUCUUGUGUUGGGAGGGUCAGCUCUGUACAUUCCUUCUGGAAGGCUCCAAAUUAAUCUAGGAAGCCGAUUUUACCUGGUCAGCAAGAGACACAUUAGCUUUUGGGAUCAAACAAAUAUUUGAAUUAAAAAAAAAAAAAAAAAACCUCAAUGCCAAUGCCUAAGAUACUUGUUUUUAAAAAAGCUAGAUUCUUAAUUUAAUUCCAUCACUUCAUUAAACUACAAUUUUGAUUCAUACUGAUCCCAAGCAUUAACUGUCAUGUAAAAAUAAAAGGCCUUUUCUAUAACCUCAUCCAUCUCAUUUCUGGUGCUAUCUGAGCUGGACAGAGUUAUAGCUCAUGGCUGCUAGGAAAGGUAGGCCUCUGAUUAUAGAAGCAGACAGCUUCAGUCCCACUCAGUUGGGAUCUAGAUAAAUGACUUAUUACUGAAACUUACUGUUCCAAUUUCCUUUCUUACAUACUGUACACAGGUAGUAUUUUCAAUGUGAAUCCAAAGCUUGUCUGGUUCUCUGAAAACUUUUUUUUUCCUUUUAGGUCCUUUAAAUUGUGAUAAUGCUGUAUUUAAAGAGAAUAUUUAAAUGUAAUGCUAAAGAAAUAUUCAAAAGAAUGAUAUGUUAUUCUUUAUCUUAACAGGCAGAACUCAGUUACUUGUUAGAAAAAGGACUCUUCUCCAGAACUGUAUGUAACAUGAAACCUGGUGAAUUAGGGAUUGUUACAAAUAAAAAAUUUUUUAAUAUACAGAAAGAUAGACAGGUUAAGAGAGACACCACAGCACCAAAACUCCCUCAAUGCUGUGGGGGCUGCCCUUGAACCUGGGUCACUUACAUGGCGAAGCAACAUGACCCAAGUGAGUUAUUUUGUCAGCCCUAACUAACAGAAAUGUUUUUAAAAAGGAAUAAAAGAACAUAUUCUUUGCAUCAUCA